AUGGAUGUCCAUCAAUUCUUCUGCAACUUUAAGAAACAGAUGAAUUUUGAAGCUGAAUUUAACGCCAGAGCAUGUAUGUGUCAAAGAAUCCAGGUUAACAAUAGAGGUGUAGGAACUUGUCAACAUAUCAGUAAAGCUGUUAGAUCAGUCACCCUGGCCAAGCCAGGAGAGAGUAAAGCAGUCGAAGAAAUGCUACUGGAGAAUCGAAGCCAACUAGAAAGACAAGAGUACUAUAGUUGA